AUGUGUGGUGGAAGAUUAGUCUUCGGUCAUGAUGCUGGAUCAUUGUUCUUAACAACAUUCUUAAUUGGAGGUCCUGCCAUAACAUUCUGCAUAAGAAUGAUUGUAACGAGCAAAGGACAAAAUCCAUUCUUUGUCUACCCUGUACUAAUUGGAGGAAUUAUCCUCACUCUUUUGGAUUUUUCUUUUCUGUUCCUAACAUCUGGUCGAGAUCCAGGAAUAAUCCCAAGGAACACACAGCCACCUGAUUCAGAGGAGACAUUUGAAAGUACCCCAUCAAUGGAAUGGGUGAAUGCUAGAGUCUCUAAUCUGAAAAUACCCCGAAUAAAGGAUAUGAAGGUAAAUGGUCAAACAGUAAAAGUGAAAUUCUGCGACACAUGUUUGCUAUAUCGUCCACCACGGGCUUCUCAUUGUUCAAUUUGCAACAACUGUGUCCAGAAGUUUGAUCACCACUGUCCAUGGGUUGGUCAGUGCAUUGGAUUGCGCAAUUAUCCAUACUUCAUAAUGUUUAUAUCAACAUCAACCAUCUUGUGCAUAUAUGUAUUUGUCUUUUCCUGGAUCAACAUUCUUCGAGAGCGGUCCAGCAUUUGGAUUGUCAUGUCCCGCAAUAUCCUAUCAGUUAUCCUCAUAGUAUAUUGCUUUAUUGCCGUCUGGUUUGUUGGUGGACUUACAGUUUUCCAUUUCUAUCUUAUUUGCACCAAUCAGACCACAUAUGAGAAUUUCAGGUAUCGAUAUGAUAAGAAGAAAAACCCAUUUAACAAGGGGGUAUUAGGUAACCUUAAAGAAGUCAUGUGCACUAAGAUCCCACCUUCAAUGAUAAAUUUCCGAGCUUGGGUGUCAGAAGUGGAUGAUGCACUUUCAGAAUCCAUUUCCUCAGCAAGUGAGAGAGAGUUUGUUGACUCAAAAGACAUAGAAAUGGGAAAUAAAUUUAACAGGGGUGAUGGCAAAGAACUUCCAUUUAUUUUGCAGAAUUUGGAUUACAGUGCUCUUCAUGAUAAUGUUAAGAAGAAGAAUUUACAUCUCAGUGGUCUUGACAAGAAGUUGAAUUCGGGUUCUGUUCCUAUAGGCCGAGAACUACAUCCACAAUGGAGUUCUGCUGUUGGAAGUAGUACUAGUUAUAGUUACAGAACAAAAGAAGCCUCCAUUAGCUAACAUAUUGCUGGUUUUCAAGGAAAAUAAAGGCUUUGCUCUUCACAGAGGACAUGUAAUGCCAUGUCAGGCAGAUUGAACAACAGCUUUGACGGCUUGAUGAGCUGAAAUUAGAGGAAUUGAAGAUGGAUUUCAUGUAAUUAUACAUAGUGCAUAAAAAUAAUAGUUGGAAAAUGAUAAACAAGCAUUGUGUCUUCCAUUAUUGUCUUCAAAUUUAUUCUUAUUUUCUACUUUAAACUAGAACAAGUCCUAGUUGUGUGUUGCUUUUUUUUUUUUUUUGGUGUCAAUUAAAUUUUUGCCAAAGCUGAAAUAAACAGAUUCAUGUAAUAUUUUGCCAACUAAUUUUCAUCUUUACCAAAUAAUAUUGUAGAAUUCCACUCUUUUUAU